UUUGCCGCUUUGUUUGCAAUAGCUUUCCCGCCAAAACGCCGGUAUCAUCUUUUUCCGAAUGUUUCUCUCACCCGUUUGAUUCAGCCGCCAUGGAUAUGGACUUCGACCCUCCCCUUCCGGAUGAGCUCGAAUUGCUCGAAGAGAGCUAUCGCAUCAAUGAAGAGUACUCCGAAUUUGAUCCAACGGAACCCUAUCCGUACGAAGAGGAAGAAGAUGAACAACUGCAACAGCAACAACCCACCCAAGGUAAAUCACCUUCUCAAAUCAGCGACCACAAGCGUUCGCGACCAUCAGACGGUCCCGAUGCGUCUGUUUCCGGAGUCCUCAGACCGUCCGAUGAGAAACGGAGUAAAAUCGAUGAAGACAGAAUGCUUGAGGAAGAUGAGGUUUUGCUUCGGUUCUCGCCGCCAGAGGUGAGCGAGCCUAUUUUGGAAGAUCGAGCAGAAGAUGCUGUGGAGGAGAAGCUUGUCUGGAGGUAUGCGUCGGAGAUUGAUGGAGAUUUUAUUCCCGUGACGGCUCCCAGCGGUGGUGAUAGGGUCUAUGCGAAAAUAACUACGGAGGAGAUGAAUGAGCGCCGGGAGAAAUUGUAUGUGAAAACCCCCUCCGCAGGUCUUAUGGCUGAAUCAAUCGAUGUUCUUUUGCAAAAAGUGGAACAAGAGGCUUUUACUAAGGCCCUACAAGCUAGCUCUGGAGGCCAGAGUGAAAUGGUCCUUAGUGAAACACCAGUUGUUCAUGAACAACUUUGGGUGGAUAAAUAUGCGCCAUAUUCGUUUACUGAGCUUCUAAGUGACGAACAUACAAAUCGUGAGGUCCUCCUGUGGUUGAAACAAUGGGAUUCUUGCGUAUAUGGUUCUGAAGUUAGGAGUACAUCAACUGAGGUUUUAUCUGCUUUGAGAAGGCAUUCAACUGUUGGUCAACAUCAGAAAUUUUCUGGCUCUAAUUUUUCGAGGAAUAACAGAGGAUCCAGGUGGAACAAGGAAAAUUUUAAACAAUCAGAUGAUUUGGAUAACAAAAAUGAUGAUUCAGUAGCUGCACAGGAUUUGUGGAACAAGAAGUCAAGAUGUACUACUGGACCGCCAGAACAAAAGAUUCUUUUACUUUGUGGUCCCCCAGGGCUUGGAAAGACUACACUUGCACAUGUUGCUGCAAGACAUUGUGGGUAUCGUGUUGUAGAGAUUAAUGCUAGUGAUGAUCGAUCUUCUGCAACAAUCGAAGCAAAAAUUAUUGAUGUUGUUCAGACGAACUCUGUCACAGUUGACACUAGACCUAAGUGCUUGGUGAUUGAUGAAAUAGAUGGAGCUCUUGGUGAUGGUAAGGGUGCUGUGGAAGUUAUCCUAAAGAUGGUCUCUGCUGAUAAGAAGUCGGGGAAAGAGGAUGUAGCUAAUGUAGAACAUGCACAGAAAACAUCCUCAAAGAAGGGGCGUAAAAGUGAUCCUCUGUCAAGGCCUGUAAUUUGCAUUUGCAAUGACCUAUAUGCACCUGCCUUAAGACCAUUGCGUCAGGUGGCAAAGGUUCAUGUGUUUGUUCAACCAACAGUGAGUCGUGUAGUGAGCAGGCUCAAAUAUAUAUGCAACAAAGAGGGAAUGAAAACUAGCUCAAUCGGACUCACUGCACUUGCUGAUUAUACAGAAUGUGACAUACGCUCAUGCUUGAACACUCUUCAGUUCCUACACAAAAAGAAGGAAUCCCUCAAUGUGUUGGAGGUUGGUUCUCAAGUGGUUGGACGAAAAGACAUGUCGAAAAGUGUCUUUGAUAUCUGGAAAGAGGUUUUCCAAAAGAGAAAACCGAAAAGAGAAAGGAGAUCUAACUUUAGCAGUCAGACCACUUCCAAUGAGUUUGACUCUUUGCACUCUCUCAUUUCUAGCCGUGGUGACUAUGAUUUAAUCAUGGAUGGCAUACAUGAAAAUAUUUUGCAGCUCCAUUAUCAUGAUCCAGUGAUGCAAAAAACUGUCAAAUGCAUAAAUAAUCUUGGAGCUUCUGACCUUCUGCACCAAUAUAUUAUGCGCACUCAACAGAUGCCUCUUUAUGCUUACCAGCCAGCUAUUGCAAUUACCAUACAUCGUUCGGUAGCCCAAAUUCAAAAACCAAAUAUUGAGUGGCCAAAGUCUAAUCAAAGAUGCCGAACAAUGUUUAUGGAAAAAAGAGAUAUUUUAAGUUCUUGGUACCACACAAUUCCACCGCAUAUUUCAAGGCAUUUGUCACCUACCUCCUUUGUAGAAGAGUCAGUUUCCUUACUACUACACAUUCUGUCACCAUCAACUCUAAGACCGGCUGCAUUAAACUCACUAUCGGAAAAGGAGAAGGGUGAUCUGGAUCAGUUAGUUGGCAAGAUGGUAUCUUAUUCGUUAACAUAUACGAAUGUGAAAUCAAACCCUCUUCCUAGUGACCUGGGUAAUGGAGCAACAUCAGAUGUCAUGGGUCUUGCUUUUGAUCCCCCCAUUGCCGACUUUAUCAAUUUCAAGGGGUACAGGUCUGGCCAUUACGUACUUGCAUUAGCAAUGAAGCAGGUGUUGGUACACGAGGUGGAAAAGCAAAGGAUCUUGCAAGUAAGCACGAGGAGAUUUGCAAAUUUAACUAAUGGAGGCAACGAGGAUAACCAAGUACUUUUAGGGGAAGAAAUCAGUAGAUCACAACCUGAUAAAGCAGAUAAAAGCAUUGAGAAAACUUCAAGGCCUUCAAAUCCUAGCAUCUCUGCUACUUCUAGUAACUCUUAUUCCAGCAGAAAUGUUACCACGGCAAGUGUGAAUUUGAAGUCGGCCAAACCUCCAAAGAGGUCAUCCACAAGUUUUUUUGACAGGUUUAAAAAGAUUGGUACUGGUUCUCAGAAUUCUGAAAUUGUUGUCCCAAAGGAAGAAACCUCAGAGAGAGACUUACGCCCACUGCUGUUUAAAUUUAAUGAGGGUUUCACAAAUGCAGUAAAGAGGCCAGUUCGCAUGCGUGAGUUUCUGCUAUGAUGAAUCUUGGUUUCAGUAAGCAAAGGCGGCAGGAAUCUUAGCCACAUUUUCUUGCAAAUUCAACAGCUACCCUUCUCUAAAUCUAUACAUAAUUGUACCCAUAUGUAUGUAUUUAUACUCAAAACUUUUAUGUAUCAAUAGCCAUAAAAAGUCUGAAGCCUUUCUAAUAUGCAAUAACCGCACCAGGUUUCAGUUGCAGCCUGAUUUAGUUGGGAAGAACUAAUGAGAUGGACGGGCAGCAAAGGAGAGUAAUUUCUGUAAAAUGGUAAAGUUGUUUUGCUUGCCUGCCUGCUAAUCAAUAUCAAAAUUUUGUGAGAAGUUCUUAGAAGCACCUAAUUUUUUCAUUAAUACAUAAUUCAAUUUUAAACUUUCUGACA